GUGAGUGAGUGUGGAGCGGAGGGCGCGAGUGGAUAUGUGUGUCUAGGGGGUGGGUCGGGGAGCAAAGGACACUGGAGUGUGUGGCGCGAGACCCCCUCGAGAAAGUCUGAAUCCGGUUUGGACUGCUCACAAAGACCAAUGAUAGUUUGGAGUUAACUGAUGGAUAUGUUAUGGAUGAGACACCGGAAAUGUAUGACCUACUCAGCUGUGGAAUUGUUCUUUUAGCAUAUGCUGACAAAAUCAAGAAGAACACAAGUCCUUAUUGCUGAUUUUGUUGAGUGACAUUGCUUUUUUUUCUUUAAGGAAAUGGUAUAAAGAUUUUGCAAUUUUUUUUAAAACCAAGUAAGCACUGUUCAGUCGGCAAGUACUUUGUGGACAGUGUUCAUCUGAGGCUUUUAGAAUUUAUAGCCUACUGAGCGUAUAACGAGCUAACUUCUAUUUGCGUGUUUUCCAUCUCCGACAACAGAGAAAAUGAGUGCCGAUGGAUAUCAAUACAGAGCUUUAUAUGAGUACAGAAAGGAGCGAGAAGAGGAUAUUGAUCUACAUUGUGGUGAUAUACUGAUUGUCACUAAAAAUACUCUGUUAGCCCUGGGUUUCAGUGAAGGAGAUGAGGCAAGACCAGAUGAGAUUGGCUGGCUCACUGGCUUAAACGAAACAACGCAGGAAAGGGGAGAUUUCCCUGGAACAUAUGUAGAGUUUCACGGUUUCCGGAAAAUUUCACCACCGACACCCAAGCCGCGACCACCUCGACCACUACCUGUGGCUCCAAAUCCAUCAAGAUCAGAAGACUGUGACCAGCAAGCUUCUAUUCUACCAGAUUUAACGGAGCAGUUCUCACUCCCAGACGUUGCACCGGCAAUCCUAGUGAAAUUAGUAGAAGCCAUUGAAAAAACAGGUUUAGAGUGUGCCAAUUUAUACCGAACAUCUGGUUCAUGUGGUGCUGAAUUGAAACAGUUGUUGGAUUAUGAUGCAAGUUCAGUGGACAUGGAGCAAUUUGAUCUGCAGUCACUAACUGAUGCUUUAAAGCAAUAUCUUCAGGAACUACCAAAUCCUGUCAUUCCAGCAUCCGUCUACAGUGAUAUGGUUUUUACCGCUCAAGAAGUACUCAACACAGAGGAGUGUGCACAGUUGCUAAGGAGAGCUAUCCGGUCCCAUAAUGUGCCUCAACAGUAUUGGCUUACACUUCAUUAUUUGAUCAAGCAUUUCUGUAAACUUUGCCAAAGCUCUGGGAAGAACAAUCUAAAUGCAAGAACAUUGGCUGAAAUCUUCAAUCCUUUGCUUUUCAGACAACAGGCAGCGAGCUCAGAUACGAAUCCUGAAUACCACAUUAAAAUAAUAGAAGUACUUAUAGCCAGUGAAUGCCAAGAAACACAGGCUACACAUACACCAGCACCAGCUUUACCUCCAAAACCACCAAAGCCCACACCUGUAACUAAUAACGGUAUAAACAGUAACAUGUCUCUGCAGGAUGCUGAAUGGUACUGGGGAGACAUUUCAAGAGAGGAGGUCAAUGAAAAACUGAGAGACACUGCUGAUGGUACCUUUCUAGUCCGGGAUGCUUCUACCAAAAUGCAUGGUGACUAUACUCUUACCCUAAGGAAAGGAGGCAAUAAUAAAUUAAUCAAAAUUUUUCAUCGAGAUGGCAAAUAUGGCUUUUCUGAUCCAUUGACAUUCAAUUCAGUGGUGGAGCUUAUAAAUCAUUAUCGUCAUGAAUCAUUGGCACAGUACAACCCUAAACUAGAUGUUAAAUUAUUGUACCCAGUCUCUAAGUUCCAGCAGGAUCAAGUAGUGAAAGAGGACAACAUUGAUGCAGUAGGCAAAAAAUUACAUGAGUAUCACACACAGUACCAGGAAAAGAGUAGAGAGUACGACAGACUUUAUGAGGAAUGUACAAGAACAUCUCAAGAAAUUCAAAUGAAAAGGACAGCUAUUGAAGCAUUUAAUGAGACAAUCAAAAUAUUUGAAGAACAGUGUCAAACACAGGAAAGGUACAGCAAGGAGUAUAUUGAAAAAUUCAGACGAGAAGGGAAUGAGAAGGAGAUUCAGAGAAUUAUGGUAAAUUAUGAAAAACUGAAGUCCCGCAUCAGUGAGAUUGUUGACAGCAAGCGAAGAUUAGAAGAAGAAUUGAAGAAACAAGCAGCUGUUUAUCGAGAAACUGACAAAAGAAUGAACAGCAUUAAACCUGACCUGAUUCAAUUAAGAAAGACAAGAGACCAGUACCUUUCGUGGUUGACACAGAAGGGUGUUCGGCAAAAGAAGAUCAAUGAGUGGCUUGGAAUUAAGAAUGAGAAUGCUGAAGACCAAUACUCUAUGGUAGAUGAUGAUGAAGAUCUACCCCAUCACGAUGAACGAACGUGGAAUGUAGGAAAUAUCAACAGGAUUCGGGCAGAGAGCUUAUUGAGAGGAAAACGGGAUGGAACAUUCCUAGUUAGAGAGAGCAGCAAACCAGGCUGUUAUGCUUGCUCAGUCGUGGUUGAUGGUGAUGUAAAACACUGUGUCAUAAACAAAACCCCCACAGGAUAUGGAUUUGCAGAGCCAUACAAUUUGUAUAACUCACUUAGAGAACUCGUGCUACAUUAUCAGCACACGUCGCUUGUACAGCAUAAUGACUCCCUCAAUGUCACACUAGCCUAUCCAGUAUAUGCUAAUCAGAGAAGAUGAGAGCUAAACACCUUGGUUUUUGAUUUCUGGACUUGACGUCAUUGAAAAGGCUCAUACUCCUUUGCUCUGAUUCAGUUUGACUCCUAUUCAGAAGACAGUAUGCAAAGUGAAUUUGAGCUUUCCACAGAUUUAACUGGGAGAAGUAAACGUGUGGAGCUGCGAAUGUAAAAUCCUGAAGUGCUUUUUAAGAAAGCACAAGUUAAUUGAUAAUGGCAAAACCAUCUCCUUGUUGGGGAUGUUGGGGCCUAUUUUUAUUGGUGCUUGUUUACGUUCUUCAAGAUGAUGAUUUACCAGCUGGAAUGUUGGAUACUGCACACCCCAGGGAUAUUACAAAAGAAACCUGAAGAAGGAACAUUGAAAUGUUAAUUGUAUCUUUUGGAGAUGUGUUUCUUAGAUCCGAACUGAGGAAAUGUAUCAAAAAGGAAUGACUGGUUUGACAAGUAAAUGAGGACUUUAAGUAAAGCAAACUGGCACUUUGGAAAUCUACCAGAAUUAAGAUGAGAAAGGGAAUGCUUUGUUUGAUAGGUGAAGGAAUUGGAUCACCGUAACAAAGUGCCAGAUUUGUAGAGUUCAGGCAUUUCAGCCUGCUUUAUAAACCUGUUAAAACCUGGAGAAAAAGACUUCAAUAAAAAAUGGCACACAGUAUGUAGAAUCAUUGUAUAUAAUAUGUAAGGAUUAUGACACUCUGGGAGAGUCAAUCAAGAAAAAUGGUAUCAGCCUAACAUACCGGAUUUUGUGUUUUUUUUUGUUUUCCUGUUUUAAAGCUGAUGUGUUUUUCCAGAUAUUGCUAUGCAGGGCUGCAUAUUGUAUAUUUUCAAAGAAAAACAUACCCACGAUAUAAGCUUUGUUUUGUUGCCUGUAAAAGUGUUGUCAGUUGUUAUAAAUCUUCUGUUAGGUGUUUUUAAAACACCAAAGCCGCCUGUGAAUGCAACUUCUAAAGUUGGAAGGGGAGGGAGCACAAACUGAUGCAUUUUGAGUCUUCAUUAAUGCAACCUGAGUAGCAUAUUUGGCUGUAAUGAGCCAAGAAUUAAACAAAAAUUUCAAACUUGUUUCAGAGAUUCUUCAUUAAACGGCAAUGAUUUUUCAGCUAUUUCAAAAGUACAUUUUAGCUAUGUUUCUUUUUAGUCAGUGUAACCUUUUUAUUACAACGUAUCCAGGAAACACUAAAAAUGUUUGAAAAGGUGUCAAACACCUAUAGCCAGGCCAAGAGUUAAUAUUUUUAGUGUCUGUAAUGCUACCUUGCAGUAGGUUUAAAAACUGGAGCAAUUCAUCUUCCUCUGAUUCAAUCCUUCCUACAAUUUUCAGGCUUUUGAAACCCAAACUGAUGAUGAUCUAAUUGCUGUUUUCUAAUUUUCCUCAUCUUUGUUUUCAGUUUUGCCAUUGCCCUGUACUCAUGGGCCUUAGCCCUUUGUUUAGUACCUCAAUUAUAGAAAAGAAAAUCAUGAUUUGUAAAGGAUAUAAUUGUAAACCUGCAACAGAACUUAUGGUAGCCAUGCUAGUGGAAAAUAACAGUUGAUGUUAAAAUUCUUUAUCUUAGAACUUGUUUCAUUAAUAUAGUUUAUUGUUUCACACAACUCAAAAGCUCAAGUGUUUUGUAACUAGGUGUAUGUUUUCAGACUUCAGGAAAAAAAAACCAAAAUACCCCCACAGACACAGAUAAAUAUUUAGCUGCAUAAUGUGGCUCAAUAGCACGGAUUGCGUGAAACACUACCCUUCCGAAUUAAACAAAAUCAUGAAUUGUCAAUGCUGUAACUCAGCUUGUAAGUUUUGCUAUUGUAGUUUGAGGAGCUAGAGUGUACCUCAUUUUUCUUCCAACUUUACAGUGAAAAUUUUGUUUACUAGUAAGUUAUUUGCCACUUACAAAGCACAUUUGGAUUGUCUAGCUACAGGGUAAUAUAGACUGCAGUUACAAAAUUAGGUCAUGCUAACCUUGCUGCUGCACCACUGAACGAGAUUGAGAGAAUUUAUGCAUUUAAACAGGAGCGUUGUGAGUUGGGGUGGGGAGUAAAAUAAAUUAGUGAUUGCAGGAAAAACAUAAUUGGUUUCAUAAAUGAACACUUUGUAGUUAACCCUAUAUGAAACUUUUUAAAAAGUGCUUUACCAUGAAGUAUAUAACUAUUGAAAUCUGCAUGUCUCAACUUAAUGCGGACUUCCAUAACUAUGCAACUUGAAUUGUCUCAGAAUGUGAAUCUAACCCUGUUAAAAGACAAUCAAGUGAAAUUUAAGAGAUAGUAGGAACUGCUGAUGCUGAAGAAUCUGAGGUAGCAAGGCAUAGGGCUGGAUGAACACAGCAGGCCAAGCAGAAAAGUUGACAUUUUCGGCCUGGGCCCUUCAGAAAAAGGGUCCAGAUCUGAAAUAUCAGCUUUUCUGCGCACCCUGCUGUGUUCAUCUAGCUCUACGCCUUGUUAUCUCAAGUGAAAUUUAAUGUUUGUUUAAUGGUUCUGUGGAUCAAACAUUUAAGCUAAUGUUAACCUAAAAUGACUUAUUAGUAAAUGAAGAAAAAAAAGACGAUUUGCAUACACAUGCAAUUUUUGGUUCAAUUUGCAUGUGUAAUGCAUAACUUUUUCAAAAAAAAAUCAUUUCACCAUACGUCAGCAUGCUAGGAGAAAUAGUAUUGUUUACAUAAAUGUGAUUUAUGAUGAAACUAAUAAGUGUAUAUGACUAGACUUCCAAUGAAAAAUGAACUUGUGUUUCAGAUAAUUCCUGUUGCUGUUCUGUUAUGUGCUCCACUAACUUUAGUGCACUUUUAGCAUACACUUCUAACUUCAGAAUGCUUUUGCAUUUGGUAGUGUGAAACAAUCUGUAUGCAAUUAUGGCUCCACUAGCAUGCUUUAUUUAGCUCUUCCAAAGGUACCAUGAGCUUUAUAAACUUAAUUCAGCUGUUAAAUGUUUGGAUGUUGAGAACUGGUUAUGCAGAGUUUUUCUGUAUUAAAAUUCAUUUGUUUCUGUGUCUACUCUGUAUGUUCUCUGUACUUUGCUGUAGCUGUGUUUUUGAAGAAGCUUUGCUCCUUUAAUGUGUGUAUUGCUUCUUUGAUUUUAAUGGUACUACUGCUGUUGUGCUUUUUUUAAAAAAUGCAUCGUGUGCCAUUUUUGUUCAGUGUUGCACUUCUGUGGAAGUUCCUUCUUGUAGACUAUUAAUGAGUUUUCACAUGGAGAUGCAUAUCCUAAGAUCAAUCUGAAAGGAUAUUAUACUUGUAAUCAUACUUGAGCCAUUUCAUUUCUUGAAGUAAUAAAUGUAGUUGCAGAA